AUGGAGGUACCCUUGAACCUAAUAAAGACGGAAAAUGCUCGCCGCGCCGCACCAAAUAUGAAAUGUAUGGCGGAUUUUGUGGUGGAAAAAAGAGGUCGGCGAGGGCUCAUUCAGCACAGUUAUUGUGCUCGAGAGAAAGAAGGCGCGAAACGCGAAGUGGCGCUGAAAGUUUGCCUAAAACGGCUGAUUUUGAAGAAUAAAAUGGUAGAAUACAUCCAUCGUGAAAAAGAGGCGCUGGCGGAGCUGAGUAAAAAGGAGAAUAGCCAUCCGGGCGUCGUAAUACUAUACGCCACUUUCCAAGACUCGGAUAGUCUCUAUUUUGUGUUGUCAUAUGCAAAAUACGGUGAUCUGUGGUCUUUAAUCCAAAAACAGCCGAAUAAUCGAUUGACAGUGAAUGAUGCGAGAUAUUACUCGGCGAGUCUGUUGGAUGUACUCGUGCACAUCCACUCACUGGGAAUAAUUCAUCGAGAUAUUAAAUCCGAGAAUGUAUUGAUUAAAGAAGACGGACGAAUUCUGCUGACUGAUUUUGGAUCGGCGAAAAUUCUGAAAGAUUUCAGUCAGAAUAAGAAUGAUACGAAUACACAAGAGAAGAGAGAAGAGAGACAACCGACUGGAAGGAGGCGGAGCUUCGUUGGAACCGCACAAUUCGUCACGCCGGAGCUUCUAACCGCCGAAUUGAUGUCACCAGCAAGUGAUAUCUGGUCAUUUGCCGUCACUCUCUAUCAAUUUUUGGAUGGAAAAUUUCCAUUCGAAGACGUCUCCGAAUAUCUCAUUUUUCGACGAAUUCAGGCGGUUCUCUAUCAAUUUUCAGACGAUUUUUCAGAUGAGAAUGCGAAAGAUCUUAUUGAGAGAGUUCUCAUUAAGGAGCCAUCCGCCCGACUGACAAGUGAUCAAAUCAAAAAACACAAAUUCUACGAAUCAAUCGAUUGGAACAAGUUGGCAGAGAUUCAACCACCAAAUAUUUAUUUAUAG